AUUUUUCAAAAUUUUGCUUCCCUAUUCACUACUGGUAUAGCCCAAAAUGGCUGCGCCGGAGGAGCUGCAACUUUUCCGCAAGCUCGGAAUUGGGGCAAAAUUCGACACGAAACGCUUCAGGAAAGACGCUGAACGUUCUCAGAUGAUUAGAGCUCAAGUCACACCAACAGUAUCCAAAGAAGAGGCAGACAAAGCUCUGGAUUUCUUUGGUAACUUAUCAAAACAGAAGCCCAGUAAACCAGCAGCAGAGAGUACUGGAGACAAUGUGGCAAGGACCAGUGCAGAGACAUCAAGCAAAAACAACUGUUCAGAAGUAUUGAAGAGUGACGGCCUCAGAGUACAAUCAAAGAAAGGGAAGAAAAGAAAACAGAAAGGAGAACUAGCCGACAGUGACGACAGUGAUUACAGUGAAGACAGCUUACAGUUGCUCGGUGACAUCAAAGCUUCAGAGAAAAAGAAGAAGAAAAGGAAAAAGAAAGACCUGACAGUGAACAAGGUGGAGCAGAUCAAACAAGAAAAGCUGAGUGAGUUUCGACGUAAGAAUCGGAUCCACGUACAGGGCUCGGACAUCCCCGCCCCCGUCACCAGUUUCCAGGAGCUACAGGGGGUGUACGGUAUCCACCCCCAAAUCCUCACCAACCUACAGGGCCUGGGGUAUGAGGAACCUACACCCAUCCAGAUGCAGGCUAUACCACUCAUGUUACAGAGGAGAGAAAUUCUGGCCUGCGCACCGACGGGUUCCGGUAAGACAGCAGCCUUCAUCUUACCCAUCCUGCACCACCUGCGAGAACCGCGCCGACAGGGCUUCAGGGCCGUGGUCGUGUCUCCAACCAGGGAGCUCGCAAAACAGACGUUUACAUGGUUCCAGAGGCUGGGAGAGGGGCGUGGCUUCAGGACGUACUACAUAGAGAAACCUGCGCAGGCUGCCAAGAAGUUUGGACCCAACUCUGCAAAGAAGUUUGAUAUUUUGGUGACAACUCCAAACAGACUGGUGUACAUGCUGAAACAAGAUCCUCCCAUCGUAUCAUUACACAGUGUGGAGUGGCUAGUAGUGGACGAGUCGGACAAACUGUUUGAGGAGGGAAAGCAGGGUUUCCGAGAUCAGCUGGGAGUCAUCUACCAGGCCUGCGACUCCUCCCACGUGCGUAGGGCCAUGUUCAGCGCAACGUUCGCGUACGAUGUGGAGCAGUGGUGCAAGGUGAACCUGGACAACGUGGUGACAGUUAGCAUUGGAGCAAGGAACUCAGCUGUGGAUACAGUUGAACAACAGUUGCUGUUUGUUGGGUCUGAAUCUGGCAAAUUGCUGGCCAUGAGAGAGCUUGUCAGAAAAGGGCUGACCCCUCCAGUGCUGAUCUUUGUUCAGUCCAAGGAACGAGCCAAGGAGCUGUUCCAUGAGCUCAUCUAUGAUGGUAUCAAUGUGGAUGUGAUCCAUGCGGACAGGACUCAGACUCAGAGAGAUAACACUGUGAAGUGUUUCCGGACAGGGAAGAUCUGGGUUCUAAUCUGUACUGAGCUGAUGGGAAGAGGCAUUGACUUCAAAGGUGUCAACCUGGUCAUCAACUAUGACUUUCCUACCAGCGCUGUCAGCUACAUCCACAGAAUAGGCCGGACUGGAAGAGCUGGGAGACCUGGCAAAGCCUUGACCUUCUUCACCGAGGAUGACAUUGUUCAUCUGAGAAGCAUAGCCAAUGUGAUGAGGGAAGCAGGCUGCGAAGUUCCUGAGUACAUGCUGGAACUCAAGAAAGCAAACAGGAAGGAGAGAAGGUUUCUGGAGAAGAGAGCACCCAAACGGAAAAGUAUCAGCACUACACCAAAGAUGUUUGUGGACAAAGCUAUGAAGAAAAGGAAAAUGAUUGAGAAGAGCAAGAAAAUGCAAGGGAAGACCAGGAAACACGAAGCUGUGCAGUCUGAUAGCUCAACAGCAAAUGCAGAUGACCGGAAUACGGUCACAGAAUCUGGUGGAAACAGGAAGAACAAUGAGCAAGAAACUGGAAAGCACAAAGGAGAGAAACUCCAAGGGAAGAAAUGUGCAACCAGUAUAGACAGAAGUGCAAAAUUGUUGUCAGUAAAUACAAAUGGUAAAGGUCCGAGGAAAAGAAUGAAGAAAAGGAAAGGAGCCAACCAGAAUGUUGCCAAGUCGUAAGGUUACUUUGUUGUGAAAUGCUGAGCUCUUGCAUGUGUAAUCUACAACUUAAUUUUCAAACAUGACAUAUUUUAUUACUAUAGAGCAAGCUUGAAAUGCUUGUCAAGAAUCAGCAAAGUUGUCAUCUUUUGGUUUACGCAUAUCUUUAAGUUUGUUAAAAGUAAUUAUAAAACUGUACCAUGAGAUGUUUACAUGCAGAAAUGUGAUGCCUCGGUUCUGUGGAGCUAGCAAAACUUGUAAGAAAGUCACCCACUUUGGUAGUGGACUUUUCCUUGUAAAUGGUAUUCGGUUUUGUCAAUAGCAUUGUUAUCAAAUACGUCAGAACAAUGCUAAAUACUGAAGUACACAAUAAAUCAUUUACUACAUGUAUUGCAGAAAAGAAUGAGGUAUUUAUAUUAAAAUAUAAGGUGUGAUUUUAUAUCAUGCCUAGACACAAAAGAGCUUACAUUGUCACAACCUACUCUAAACUCUAAGUUUUACUUAGCAUAUGUAAAAAUGAUACCAGUAUUUAGAUCACAGAGAUGACAAUAGGCAUUUGACUAAUAAAGGUAUGCA